AUGGCGCCAAGGGUUCACAGCCGGGGAGUCGCUCGUCAGGUUCCGUUAUCACUACCCAUAGCUGUCCCAUACGACGUCGCUUUGCGUCACCUCCGCACCGUCAAGCCCAACCAGUUCACCUCCGCUCACUACCGGGAAAUUGACGCCCCCAUUACCACUGUGUGGUCGAUUCUCCGGUGCUUCGAUUCCCCGGGAGAGUACAAACCCUUCAUCCAGUUCUGCCACCUCGCCAGUGGCAACGUUGAGGUCGGCAGCAUCCGCCACCUCGUUGUCCACCGGAACCUCCCCGGAAAGGACAGCAUCGAGCGUCUCGACAUUCUCGACGAUAACGCUUAUGUCACCGGCUUCAGCAUUAUCGGCGGUGCCAAUAACCUAAAGAACUACCGCUCUGUCACCACCCUGCACACUGCGGCCAACAGCGAGGGAACGGUCGUAGUUGAGUCGUACGUCAUCGAUGUUCCGCCGGUGGAUCACCGGAGGCCUGCCGGGUCUUCGUGA